UGAAGGAUAUAAAACAAUUGUCAAUCCUGAGGGCAUCUGCUCACAAAUCCAAAUGCCAUUAAACAAAAUCUCUUCCCUUAACCAAAAAGAAAGGAAAACAAAAGAGCUGGCAUUUUGUGAAUCUCAAGUAAUCCAAAAGUAAACUCCCCCCUCGUUUCUCAUAUCAUGUAUACAAGUAUAUGAAGAACUGAAGCACAAACCUAAGAGAGAAACAGACGGCGACGAAGAUGAAUGGAGGCAGCAGCAAGAGAUCUCAGAGGCUGGUGGUGGCGGCUCUGCUGGCCAUCGGCAUGGCGAUGAUCAGCGUCGCGAUGCUUCACAAACUGAAGGAGAGGCGCGUGUUAAGCGCCCUUCUUCAAGAUCAAGAUCAUGAGAUCUUGACGCUUCAGCUCCAGCUGCAGAAAGAAAGAGCAUAUUCUGAAAUUUUGAAAAUGAAAUUAAAGAAUGCAAGAGCCAAGAACGUCAUCUUGAAAACCCAGAAGAUGGAGCUCACUGGCAAGCUAACUAAAACACAGAUGGCAAUUGAUCAACUACAAAACAUUCAGACCGAGACAGAGGCAUCCCUCGACGAAAAGCAGGACCAAAUCAAUGUCCUGGCAGAGAAGGAAGAUGAAUUGAUCAAAGCAAACACUCGAGUGGAAGAAAUAACCGAGCUUCUGAAGCAAAAAGAGACGGAAAUCGAAGAACUGAAACAAGAACUAAACAAAGUAAGCAUAAGUAAUGCAGCUGAAGUUAAGAGUGAACAGAAUGAAGACACUCCAAAAGAAGAAACAUGGGUGAAAUUCCAAACUAACACAGAUGAAGAACCUGAGAAAAAUGGAGAUGUUGCAACUUCAGACAACCAUCAAAAUGAGAAUGAAACCACAUCAGAGGCAGAAGAACACAAAGGAGAGCGAGAAGAAAGCAACAAGGAAAAAGAAGAAGUAACUGAAACGAGUCAAGAAAACACUACAGAUGUUCAAGAGCACGUGAACGAGUUUAAAGAUGAUCAAGAAACUACGGCUACUCACGGUGUGGAACAAGAGAUAAGUGAAGUUUCAGACAACAAUCAAAAAGAGGGUCAAGAAAGCUCGUCAGAUGUAAGAGAAGAGAACAAGGACGAAGAAGAGAGCAAGGAGGAAAAUGAACUAGCUGAGAACAGCGAAACGAGUCAAGAAAGCACAACAGAUGUUCAAGAGCUCCGUACCGAGUCUAUAAAUGAUCAAGAAUCUAUGACCAACAUGGAGCAAAAAGAAAAUGUGGCCACUCAACAUGAUGGUGAUGAAAACCAGGUAACUUCCAGAGACCAGAUAAGUGAUUCAAAAGGCAAGAAAAACAAAGGGAGAAGAAAGAACAGAGGUAAGGGUAGAAGACGGAGGAAAUCCACCGCUAAGAAAGAAGUUUCUGAAGUUUCUCAGGAUGACAGGAGUUCAAAUAGUGAAGGCCAAAAUUCAGAAUUCAUGGCAGAAGCUACAGAAGAAGGGAAUGUUUCUAGCAACCAGCAAUUGGAAAAUGCGCAAAACCAAAAUGAUGAUGGAGUCUCAAAAGUCCAAGAAGAUGAGAGCUCUCGAGAUGAUAAGGCUAAGAGUGAGAACACUGAUGAUGAAACUGGGGCUCCUGCAGAUUUUAACACAGAGAAAGAGAACAAUGCUGAGGAAAACACAGAGAAAGAGAACAAUGCUGAGAAAAAGGAAGAAACAGAUGAAAAUAUGAGGUCCGUAGCAGAGCAAUCCGAUACUGGCAAUGGUGCUGAUGACAAUCAGUCCCAAACAUCAGAAAAUAUAAGUGAUACAGAUGAUAGUUCCAGCACCAAAGAAAGAAUAGAAGAGGAAGGAACAGAGCUUAAAGAAAAUGAAACCAAAGAAGAGGAAGACGUGGAGCAUAAAGAGAACGUACCAGAUGGUAACAGCAAUGACGACAACUUAGUUUAGAGAUUGGACAUCGGUAUGUUGUCUAAAGUAAUGUGAUGCAUUCAAAUCUUCAAUUGUUAGUUGUAGAACUGCUUAUCAAUAGUUAAUAUGAAAAUGUCAAAUGCAUUGGAAGCAUAUAAAACCAGUAAACAAAGUGCAACAAUUAUUGUAUUGGAAUGAACAUUAGGCAUAAGUGACAUCAAUAUUUCACAUUUGCACUGCUUGUAUUUUAGUGUAAGUCUUUAACGCAUCUCCAGCGAAAUGACUGUAGAGUAAGCGAGAAAGCCAAGCAUGUAAGAUUUGUUGAUAUGAUUUUUGGGAUGUGGAUCCAAUAAUGUUCUUUGAUUAUUUUUUCCCCUUUUUCCCCCUUUGUUUCUUUCUCCUUUCUUGAA